CAUUACCAUUAUUUACUCCGAGGGAUUAAAUGCAAAACCCAAAAGAAAAAAGAAAACAAAACGAAAGUAACUAUUAUUGGCAUUUAUAUUCAGAAAGGGUAGAAUAGUAAAUAAGAAAAUGUGGAGGGCAAGGGAUGAAUCACACGUGUGGAGUAGAUAAACGGCACGUGUAAAAAAGAUUGAACGUAACGAACUUCAAACCCAUACCACCCGCCACAUUUAUGCCCUUUCGCCGCUCCUUUAUAUUCCCUUAAAAAAAAUAAUAAUAAUAACAGAAAUAUUAAGAAAAAAAAAGCAAAAUAUUAGGAAAAUACGUGGAGUAAUUGCCACGUUUUCGUAAGGGGUCCGUAUGAGGUGGAAAAAAAAAAGAAAAAGGAAAAAUUGUAGAGAGAGAAAGUAGGGAAUUAAGAGAGUAGAUGAGCGAGUAAUGAACGUGACCAUCCACUCCCAAAUGACAUGGCCCCAUCUAUAUAUACCUUCUUCAUCCAUCACUCCCCUUUUCUCCCCCCCUUUCUCUCUCUCUCUCUCUCUCUCUGCCUCUCUCUCCGCCAUGUCCGACGACAAAUGGGUCGAUGUUGCACUCUCCGACGACUCUCUUGUCGUCGACUUACUUCUUCGUCUCAACCGUUCUCCGCUGGUCAAUCCUCUCUCUCCCCCUCUCCGACUCGAUUGGUCCAUCCGCCAGCCCCGCUCCAAGCCGAUUCUUCCUCGUCAGGCUUCCGAUGAGGCGGCUAGAGCCAGUCCGACUACGCCUCUCACUUGGAGUAGUGGCGGUGGCGCUACCUCCGUCAGUGGCGGAUUCGUUGACGCCGUAAGAUCUAAGAAUGCUGGUAAGAGUGAAGUAGUUGCAACAAUGAAGAGGCCAAGAAAGAAAAAGACACUUGGAGAACUCAAAGAGGAGGAGGUUUUGCUAUUGAAGGAAAGGAGAAGCUUGAAAGAUGCCUUGGCGAUCUUGCGGCUCACUGUCGAAAAACAGAGGUCUAUCAAUGGAAGCUUGAAGAAAAUGAAGAUUGAUUUCGAUUCGCAACAAGCGAUCGAGAUGGCGGUAACAUCUGCUAUGCCGAAGGAAGCAAGCUCCGACCGACCUCAACCGCAGACACUACCGAUAUCUAUAUGCAACACAAUGCCUGUCGGAGUCGAUGCUUCUUCUUACCAAUUACCUCUGCCAAAUGUUUCUUGCAAACUACAGGAGAUGGGAACUCUUGGGACCGUUCGUUCGAUACCCGAUCUUAAUAUGCCUUUUCAAGAGGACUCCGGUGCCGACAUCUUGUACCGAAUGAGCUAAGACGAAUUCAACCGAAACAAACGCUCCAAUAACUAAGAGGGACAAAGACGACAACGACAACAACAAAACCAUUUGCUUCUUAAUAAGAUGUAGUUCCUGAAUCCUAACCGUUAUAGGCUCGAGUUACUUACAACUGUAAUUACGUAACCAUUUUUCUUAGCUGCAUAUUCAUAUAUCUUCUUCUUUUUUCCCUUUCCAUAGUACCUGAAAAAAUCGAGCAUAGAACCGUGUAGAGACCCCGAAAACUCGUUAGCUGUUUAGUUAUUAUAUUAUUCAUUCACAGUCAGUCUGUUUAUUUUGUUUGUAGCCAACCCUUACCCUGUAAUUACUGCAUAAUUUCAAACAAAGUUCAGUGUUCCAUUUCA